CAUACGAAGAAACAUGAUGGGAAGACCUACGUCAAUAUGAAGACAUAAAAAGUAUCACAAAACUACGUAGUCACGCAGGAGGCAGUUCGAAAAUAAUGCUUAAAUGUGACACGUGACCAGAUUUUUAUAUCUACAGUCGGAAGACAUGAUGCCAAAAAUCGUGUUCAUGGUGUUGGAGAUCUCGCACAAAGCCUACCACGAAUGCAUGCAAAGUAGGUUGCUAUGGAUGUUCUGUGAAAUUGAAAAAAUGGCAGCUUUCUGUAUUCGUGCUGUAAAAUUGGCGACGGAUUUGGCGAUGGAAUAUCAUUUCCGUCGCUUUUCUCUUCUAUCACGUCCCAAAGCCCCUUAUCCUAAUAUAAUUACUGAUGUGUGCAGGACCAAACAUACUGGAUACAGGGCCAACUACAACUUGAAGACUAUGGACCUAUUCCUUAUUAUAUCGGAUGUACUACUUAACCGCAAAGUUGACUUCGAUGAGGGUACUACCUUUCACUGCAUGCAGUGCGGAGACAAAGAUUCAACAACUGCAAAAAGUCUUUUUGCCGUUUUCUUUCGUAACGGUGCUUGUCUACUGUGUAAUCGAACAACUCUCAUCCGCUCCGCUUGAUUACUGUACACCGUCGAACGAGUCAAUAUACUUCGUUUUCUCAUCAGUUCUUCAUCGACCAAAUAUGCCGCUCUCUCUCUCUAUCGUUUUUCUCUUUAGAAAAUUUCAGAAUUGAUUGUCCUUAAUCUUGUACUCAGUUGCCGGUGUAUUCUUCUACUGCUGUGUUUCUUCCUCGACCAGGUACUGUGCUUUUAUCUUCUUCUUCGUUUCCUUUGUACGUCUGAUUUUUCUUUGCUUGUUGAUUUGGAAAUGAUUUGAUUUCUGAAAAAUGAAAAUUAAAAAACAAUUUUACAUGUACAGUAUUUUACCAGAAUGGGUUUGAUUUCUAAUUUUGCUGUUUGAAAUUGUAUCAUAUAAAGAAAAAAAAAAGAAAUUACAUCACAAAACAGGAAACACACUCAGUGUUUGACUCUUGACAUCAAAGCUAGAGAAUAUCUCAUCAUUCUGAAUCAUUCUGAAUAAGCUAGAGAAUACCUGGCUAGAUCUUUUUUCACUUCAUUAUGUAUUAGUCUACUCCGCAUUUCUCUAAUUUCAGGUUUCACUUAACAAAAGACAAAUUUUCACACAUUAGCCAGAAGCAUAUUACGCUUGAAGGUUGUUGGAGGCCUCAUUUUAAAGUGAAUGAUGUUUCAGCAAAGAACAAGAGCACAGUGAAAAAAGGCACACCUCUGAACUUCUGAACUAUUCUCAUCGAGAUUUGUAUUGUGUGCACAUGGGUUUGAGGCGAUAACUAUUAACGAUAAGUACGAAAAUCAUUUGCAAGUGUAAUCCUUCCAAGCUCUCAAUGGGUAAAAGAAGAAGAUGGUUCUUUGGGUAGGAGAAGAUCAAUGGUAGAUGAUGUGAACAGUCCAAAUCCAAGGAGAGCAUCUUCUCAAACAUUAUUUCUCCAUCCAAUGCUUUGGGCAAAUAUUGAUGAUGAUGAUAAAUUUCUUCUUAGUGACGGACUGGUUAACUUUACCACUAGAGAAACGUUAAAAAUAUUGACUCUUAUUGUAUCCCACUAAAAGGAGGAAGAACAACUCAUUCACAUUAUAAAAUCUCGUUGAACCUGUUAUAUCCCCUAGUACUACACCUGAUCCUCAAAUCCUUAAACAAAUCAGUGGAAUCAUGUCUAAGUGUUACGAUCCUUUCUGGAAUGAAUUCUCCAACCCCAAACCAUAUUACUUAACCCUGACAACCUUGAGCCUAUCUCCAUCCUAAAAAGAGCCGUAUACCCUGCCCAGACUACCCCACUCCCUACUUGAAUCACUCCAUCAAAAUAACACGUUUUGUGCCAAAAAAAAAAAACCAUAAGUCAAUUUCCUUUUCAUUUCCCUAAGCUAGGGCCGAAACACACCAAGCCAAACAACCAUAUUUCAUCACCCAACAUCCCACAAACAUUGUCCCCCCCUUGUCCCCUAGUACAACCGAAAUAACAAGCACAACAAGCCAAGGGAUAUUUUUGAUUACUUUGACCUUUAAACCACCAUAAAAGCCACCCUAUAAAAGCCAUAUUUCUCACACCCCACUGUCCCCCACUAUGGCAGAAUGAAUCACUCCCCAACCA